UACGCUUUCCUAAUAUAUAAGGAAAGUAAAAGAAAAAUCUUCCCCUCUCAUAACUGCUCAAUACACUAAUCACUCACUCCCUCACGCUGCCCCCCACCCUCUCUUUCUCUCUCUCUCUCAAUCAACACAAUGCAAAGACAAUCUCUAGGCUCGCCGGUGUCGAAGCUCCACAGCCAUGGCGGCCCGAAGGAGGACUCUCUCAUAGUGGAGGACGGCGACGUUAAGCGCAAGGAUCUCUUCGCCUCAUCCUCUUCUUCUUCUUCUUCCGCCGUGGACUACGAUGAAGACAACCACAAAGCCACCAAGCCUCACCGCUUGUCCUCUCCUCCUCCGAUCAAGCCACAUAAGUUCAUCCACUUCAUUCCUCUCCUAACGCUCCUUUGCUUCAUAGUUCUAUACCUCUGCUCCCACAGUCCCACCCAAUCCGAUAUGGCUCCAUUUAAAGGAUUUAAAUGGCCUGCGAAGCAUCUAGACUCUGCAGAAAACUCAGUAGAGGAAUUCGACCAAUUUACGGAGGUUAACAAGGGCGAUAUUCUGGCGAUUCGAAGCCUCAGAAACUUGCAGGAGAUUCAAAAACUCGCCCCGAAAUCUCGCUCCCACCGAAAAUUCGCCGAUUUUUAAGCUGCAUUUUUUACCUUGUUCAAUUCUCUCUCUCUCCGUUUCAUCUAUUCUAGUCUUCCGUUCCGCCCCUUUCUUCCUCCUCCUCCCCCACCCCCAACGACCAGUUAGCACGUACGCCUCCACGCGUUGGAAUUCGCACGUGCACAACCUCGACUCUCUUCCUAUUCUUUUCGCACACGUGUACAUUGAAUUUGUUUUAUUUUUCUGAAAUAAUAUACAGCUAGCUUGGGGAUGAUUUUAUAUUGUUUUUCUGCAAAUACCGUACGCUGUAGACUGAGCCUCGGGGAAAGUCGUCAAGUUGCCCCGAUGGUGCUAAAUUGCGCAGCUUUAAUGCAUAACAGCUGGAUGGAUCCGUUAAUGCACCUCGAACAUCGGGCUUUCCCUUUUACUAUGCCAGCCUGGCGAUGAUGGUAUCAGGUUCUUAAUAGAGUACCACAGGGUGCACGGAAUUUCCGUGGUACUGAUCUUAGCUGCUUACAAGUUACUCUAUUCAACACUUAUUUUCUUUCUUUUUAAAUAGAAUUUAUUGUUCUAAAUUCUAAUAUUUUUGUCUCCCAGUCGGAAGAAUAAAAAUUUUUAUUUGUAUA